AUGAAUAUCUCCGAUGGAUCGAGAGUAUCCACGCUGAGAUCUGUACCGUCCGGAAAAUCAAAUACGGCUACACCGAAGAAGAGUUUAGCGGCGAUGAAUGAUUUAUUGAAAAUCGGGGCUCCAAAUGACAGCAAAGCAGAUGAAAAAAGAGCUGAAAAGAAAGAGAAAGUGGCGGAGAAGCAGAAGACGGCUCGUCGAAAGAUCAAAAAAUAG